AUGUCGUCAACAAUAGAGGCGCCUCAGGCGGCGGCAGCGGCACCACCAGCAGCAGCAACAACAGCAGGAGAGUCAUCUCACCAAGGUCAGGGACAGGUGCAGGGUCAAAAGAAGUGGCAGAACGGCGGCAACAAGCCCAAUGGCAACAAGCGUUCGUUCCAGGGCGGCCAAGGAGGCGGAAGGGGCAAGGACAAGCAGCGCAAGUCGAAGCGUGAGAGGAACAUCACCGAGGGGUCGUCCGAGGAGGUCUUGGCUUUCGACGUGCAAGCUCUCAUCGCAUUGCGCAAGGAGUCUCUCCCCGAUGCACCGGCACCGGCACCGACGGCAGGCGAGGAGGUAAAGGACACGGCAGAAAACGGAGAGACGCAGACCGAGACCCAAGCACCCUCAGAAACCCUCCCAGAAACCUUUACCGAAAUCGAAGUAGAAGUCCACGCAAUCUCCUCAACGGGAGACGGUCUCGGCUUCCAGCUAGGUUCGAACUCGACACAAGUCUACGUUGUCCCCUUCGUCGCACCUGGCGACAUCGCAAAAGCAAAGGUCAUCAGACACGUCCGUGAGGAGUCCUACUCAGUAGCCGACUUCGUCUCCGUCGUCAAGGCGGGCCCCCUCCGCGACGACGCCCGCGUCAACUGCAAGUACUUUUCCCAGUGCUCCGGCUGCCAGUUCCAGAUGCUCGACUACGACACCCAGCUGGCGCACAAGCGCUCCAUCGUUGACAAGGCGUACAAGAACUUCUCCAACCUGAACCCGGACCUGGUCCCGUCCAUCAGGGAUACCAUUGGCAGUCCUCUGCAGUACGGGUACCGCACCAAGCUCACGCCGCACUUUGACGGCCCCCCAGGGCACCACAAGAGGAACAAGCCCAAGCAGGCGCUGAGCAAGGUCCCCGAGAUUGGAUUCAACGCCAAGGGCCGCCGUCAUGUUCUGGAUAUCGAGGACUGCCCUAUUGGAACAGACGCCGUUCGCCUGGGCAUGAAGCGCGAGCGCGAGCGCAUCGCCAGGGACUUUGGCAACUUCACAAAGGGCGCCACGAUUCUCCUCCGCGAGAGCACGAAACGCUACCCAAAGAAGGAAGAAGAACAACCCCCCGCAGAAACACCCUCCGACGCAGUCCGCGUCGAGACAGACACCCACGUAGACAUCAAAACCUGCCUCUCCGCCACGGGCGCAAUGUCGAGCGAGUACAUUGACAACUACCUCUUCACCAACCCCGCAAACUCCUUUUUCCAAAACAACAACUCCAUCCUCCCCAAAUUCACCCAGUACAUCCGCGACCACGUCAUGCCCCCCGCCGGCCCCCACCGCGACCGCAUCAAGUACCUCAUCGACGCCUACUCCGGCUCCGGCCUCUUCACAAUCACCCUCGCCUCCCUCUUCACGGGCUCCACGGGCAUCGACAUUGCCAAGGACUCCAUCGAGUGCGCCCGCAAAAACGCCCGCCUCAACAACCUCCCCGAGUCGCAGUGCAACUUCCUCGCCGCCGAUGCGCCCCAGCUGUUCAAGCAGGUCACAUACCCGGCCGACGAGACCGUCGUCGUCAUCGACCCGCCGCGUAAAGGUUGCGAUAACGACUUCUUGAGCCAGCUGCUGGCGUUUGGGCCGAGAAGGGUCGUGUACGUGAGUUGCAACGUCCACACGCAGGCGCGCGAUGUGGGUGUGCUGGUGCGCGGGGACGGCGGGGAUGGCACAAAGUACGAGAUUGAGAGUAUCGUGGGCUUCGACUUCUUCCCGCAGACGGGACACGUCGAGGGAGUGGCGGUGUUGAACAGGGUCGAGAAGAGUGCUUGA